AUGGCUCCAAACUCUACUGGAAUGCUGAAGAGGCAUAAUAGGCCAGUGGAGAAAUUCGAUAAGAAACGGGAUACGAAGAAGCAGAAGCGUGUUGAAAAGCCGAUUGUUUCCAGUCCGGAUCUAGAUUCAUCUGAAGAAGACCUUAUUGACGACGAAUCCGAAGCAGUUGUUUACAGAGAACCGACACCGUACAAAAAAUUGCUGGCAUCUCUCGGUUCAUCUAACAAGGUUGUUGCUGAUAUGAACAAAAGAAGGCUGAGAGAAGAGGAAGGUAAAAGCGACACGGAAGGAGAUGAGGAUGAGGAAGAUGAGGAAAACAGUGGGUCUGAGGAUUUAAGCUCUAUCGAUGGAGAGGAUGAUGAAAUUCAAGGGGAAGAUCAGGAAACUCUCGUAGGUCUUACUGAGAACAUGGCACAGGAGAACAAUGAUAAUCAGAGCAAGGAAGAAGAAUCUGACGAUUCUGAAACAGAUGAGGAGCAUGAGUUGAGUACCAAUGGCCAAUCCUUUGUAGAUGCUUCUUCGUCGACUAGUGCAUUUAGUGAGCACCUUAACCACAAAUUAUCCAGUGAAGAACUGAUAAAUUUACCAAAAGGCAAGUGGAAAUUUAAAUGGGAAGCACCUGCCUUUGACAUGCCAAAUUGCAGAUGGAAAGGAACAAGAAAAAAUUUCCUUGGUGCUAUGCAGAGUGAUGCAACUUAUGGCCUCAAGCCUAAGUUAUUUAACCACUGGCUUCAAUUAUACAACAAUGCUGGAGGAAGAGAUUUUGAAUCAUCUAAAAGAAGAAGAUUCUUUUCCAUUUGCAACAGCUAUCUGGAUAUUUUGCAUUCUAACAAGAAACCCUUUUACAAUAGAGGCCCUGAAGAAGACGCAAGUGCCAUGGACGCAUACCUUAUGCAUUCCGAUUUAUUGAAAUCAGUUCGUCUUAUGCAGUUGAAUCACAUCUUUAAAACUAGAGAUCUUGUGAAGAAGAAUGAUAAAAUUGCCAAGCAUCAAGAGACGGCUGAAGAGGAAAUUCUUUCUGAUGAUGCAUUUCUGGACCAAGGAUUCACUCGUCCAAAGGUACUCAUUAUACUACCAAUGAAGAGCAUUGCCUAUCGCGUUGUUAAGAGGCUCAUACAACUAACUCCAAAAUCUCUAAGGGUUAAUGUAGAACAACUUGACCGGUUUCAUGAAAAGUUUGGAUGUGAAGAAGGUACUGUUGAAGGUGAUGGGGAAAAGAAUGCAUCCGAAAAUAAGUCUUCAAAACCUUCUGAUUGGCAAGCUCUUUUUGGUGAGAAGAACAGCGAUGAUGAUUUUAUGUUAGGCAUUAAGCAUACAAGGAAGAGCAUUCGGCUGUUUGGUGACUUCUAUUCCUCGGACAUGAUUAUUGCUUCCCCUCUCAGGUUACACUUGGAAAUCGGUAAAGCAGAAGAAGACAAGGAAAAGGAUGUUGAUUAUCUUUCCUCCAUUGAGGUUUUGGUUAUUGAUCAUGCAGACAUACUAUCUAUGCAGAACUGGUCGUUCCUUGUUACAGUCGUUGACCACUUAAAUAAAUUGCCAUCAAAACAACAUGGUACUAAUGUCAUGCGAAUUCGGCCGUGGUAUCUGGAUGGACAUGCACGGUUCUAUCGGCAGUCAAUAAUUCUAAGUUCUUAUUUAACCACAGACAUCAAUUCUUUAUUCAAUCGCCAAUGCUUGAACUAUAAAGGAAAGAUGAAGCUGGCGUGUGUAUACAAAGGUGUUCGUGAGAAAGUGUUGCUCCCUGUCCAGCAGAUUUACGAAAGAUUUGAUGCCGACUCCAUGAGCCAAGUUGAUGAUGCACGUCUUGAGUGUUUUACCAAAAAGGUCUUCCCAAAGAUUAAAGAUUCUGUUCAGGGAGGAGUAAUGAUAUUUGUCCAUUCUUACUUCGAUCUCGUCAGGGUUAGAAACUUUUUGAAGUCGCAGAAAGCCUCUUUCUGUUUUCUUCACGAAAAUACUACAGAUAAAAAUAUAUCCCGGGCACGAAAUGAGUUCUUUUUAGGGAAGAAGAAGAUCAUGAUUUACAAUGCGAGAACAUACUUCUACAAGAGAUAUCAGAUCCGUGGCAUAAAGAACUUAAUUAUGUAUUAUCUUCCGGAGCGGAAGGAGUUUUACCCUCAGAUGAUGAACAUGCUUGAAGGAUCGGAUGACAUGAUGUCCACUGUGCUUUUUUGUGGCUGGGAUAAGCCCCAGCUGGAAAGGAUUGUUGGGUCUGAAUGGGCUGAGAGAAUGAUCAGUUCGGAGAAGAACACCUUUACUUUCGCUUAA